GCAGAGCAGAGCAGAGCGAAGGAAGUGGUGGGAGGGGCGCGUUGGCAGGCAGCUCUGCUGCAGCCGAGUAGAAAGUAACUUUGCAAGGCGAGGCAUGGCCGCAGUAGGAAACCUGGUGAUGAUCCGCCUCUGCGGCCAGGCGCGCCGGCUUUGAGUGUCCCCCGUCUUGCGGGCAGGAGACGGCUGGCGGUGCACGGACAGGAGGGCGCCGACAGCGGGGCACGGCUGGCCCUCGGAGAAGCGCAGCCUUCGCGCGCACAGCCAGCGUCGGCGCAGCAGCAGGAGGAAGGGAAGGCGCUCUGCUCGAGCGGCGCGGGAGCUCGGGCGCGGGAGGUGCUGCGCCGUCGGGGAGCCUCUCCGCAGCCGUCACGGGCGAGGACCCUGGCUCGGCUCUGACUCGCUCCGUCCGCGAGCGCAGAGGCUGCCGCCUCUCGGAGUUGGUCCGACGACCGCAGGCAGGAGGGGAGCGCCGAGGAGCGCACCCGCCGCUCGGGAGAAGGCAUGGAGAGCGCGCACAGCCUGACCGCCGAAGAAGUACUGCGGCGUUUCGGGGUGCGGGAGAGCUGCGGGCUCAGCGCCGAGCAGGUCCGACGGCACCGGGAGAAGUACGGGGCGAACGAACUUCCAGCUGAAGAAGGGAAAUCACUUCUGGAGCUGAUAUUGGAACAGUUUGAAGAUCUCCUCGUGCGCAUCCUUCUCUUGGCUGCGUUUGUUUCCUUUAUUCUGGCCUGGUUUGAGGAAGGUGAAGAAACCACCACAGCCUUUGUGGAGCCGGUUGUGAUUAUUAUGAUCCUCAUUGCUAAUGCAGUGGUAGGAGUGUGGCAGGAGAGGAACGCUGAGAGUGCAAUUGAGGCCCUAAAGGAAUACGAACCAGAAAUGGGGAAAGUGAUUAGAGCAGACAGGAACGGAGUGCAGCGGAUCCGAGCUCGGGACAUCGUCCCAGGAGAUAUUGUGGAGGUAGCAGUUGGUGACAAAGUGCCUGCUGACAUCCGAAUCAUCGAGAUCAAAUCCACAACGCUGAGGGUGGACCAAUCCAUUCUUACAGGUGAAUCUGUCUCCGUCAUUAAACAUACCGAUCCAAUUCCAGACCCGAGGGCUGUUAACCAAGAUAAAAAGAACAUGCUUUUUUCUGGCACCAACAUUGCUGCUGGCAAAGCUGUUGGUGUUGUCAUUGCCACUGGAGUAUACACAGAGAUUGGGAAAAUCAGGAACCAGAUGGUGGCCACCGAGCCUGAGAAGACUCCUCUACAACAGAAGCUGGAUGAGUUCAGCCAGCAGCUUUCCAAAGUCAUCUCCCUUGUCUGCAUUGCAGUCUGGGUCAUCAACAUCAGCCACUUCAGCGACCCUGUGCAUGGUGGCUCCUGGUUUCGUGGUGCCAUCUAUUAUUUCAAGAUUGCUGUGGCUUUGGCAGUGGCUGCCAUCCCUGAAGGACUUCCUGCAGUUAUCACCACUUGCCUGGCAUUGGGCACCCGCCGGAUGGCCAAAAAGAAUGCCAUUGUCAGGAGCCUUCCUUCUGUGGAAACCCUGGGGUGCACUUCAGUGAUUUGCUCCGACAAAACAGGCACCUUGACGACCAACCAGAUGUCCGUCUGCAGGAUGUUCGUUGUGGAGAAGAUUGAGGACAGUCACUGCAGCUUGCACGAGUUCACCAUCACUGGGUCCACGUACACCCCUGAGGGACAAAUUUUAAAGAAUGAUCACCCAGUUAAGUGCGGAGAAUUUGAUGGCCUGGUGGAACUUGCAACCAUCUGCGCCCUUUGCAAUGAUUCCUCGCUGGAUUACAAUGAGUCCAAAAAAGUCUAUGAAAAAGUGGGCGAAGCGACAGAAACAGCCCUGAUCUGCCUUGUAGAGAAGAUGAAUGUUUUCAAUACGGAUACCAGCCGUAUCUCCAAAGUAGAAAGAGCCAGUGCUUGCAAUACUGUGAUCAAAAAGCUGAUGAAAAAGGAAUGCACCCUUGAAUUCUCCCGUGACCGCAAAUCGAUGUCUGUGUAUUGCACACCUGUGGCCUCCAGUCACAAUUCUUCAAGCAGCAGGCUCUUUGUCAAGGGUGCUCCAGAAAGUGUCAUUGAGCGCUGCAGUUACAUACGUGUUGGUGCAAACCAAGUCCCCUUGACCUUUUCCAUCAAAGAGAAGAUACUUUCCAAGAUCCGGGAAUGGGGUACUGGCAUUGACACGCUGCGCUGUCUUGCCUUGGCCACGAGAGACCAUCCGCCUCGGAAAGAGGAUAUGCGUCUAGAUGACGCCAGCCAGUUUGUUAAUUAUGAAACCAAGCUGACCUUUGUUGGCUGUGUGGGAAUGCUGGACCCUCCUCGGAAGGAAGUGGUGUCAUCCAUCGAAAUGUGCAAGAAAGCGGGCAUCCGUGUCAUCAUGAUCACCGGAGACAACAAAGGAACAGCCGUGGCUAUCUGCCGGAGGAUUGGGAUCUUCUCAGAGAGCGAGGAGGUGACGGACAAAGCCUACACAGGCAGAGAGUUUGAUGAUCUCUCACCAGAGGCCCAAAGCAAUGCUUGUCGUUCAGCUCGAUGCUUUGCUCGGGUGGAGCCAGCGCAUAAGUCCAAGAUAGUUGAAUACUUACAGUCAUUCAACGAAAUCACAGCCAUGGUGAGUUCAGAUGGUCACUCUUCUCUUCUUGGAUCUGAUCUUCCAGAUUUACUCAGAAGUUUUGGAAGAUAG